UGUGGCUUUACGCACGGGGGGAGUGCGCAUCCCCGACAGCACCAAGCGGAUUGUGAGCUCUGAUUAUGGGCUUCAUGGGAAUACAUCAUGGGAACUUUUCAUGGACUUGUUUUGAAUCAUCAGUACCUGGGGUGCUUUUUAUCAGACGGAGACGUUAUGCGUAAUCCAACCCAAUAAUCCAGCGCGCAAUCCACUGGCGAGGACAGGGGUAAAGAGAGAACGAACUGCCAAAAUGACGCACAUGGACACUUUGAAGACAGAAUGGAUUUGACACAAGUAACUGUGCUUCGUGAAAACGUGUCGAGCGAAGAGAACAGCACUGACGCACAGUUCUCCUUGCCGCACACGGAACUGGUGGCUGCGCUCAUCAUCCUGGUGGUCACCGCAAUUAUCCUGCUGACCAUAGUGGGCAACGUUUUGGUGAUUGUAGCGGUGCUCACCAGCCGGGCUCUCCGCGCGCCACAGAACCUGUUUCUAGUGUCUCUGGCUUCAGCUGAUAUCCUGGUGGCUACACUGGUCAUCCCGUUUUCACUUGCCAAUGAGGUCAUGGGCUACUGGUACUUUGGAAGCACCUGGUGCGCAUUUUACCUGGCGCUAGAUGUGUUGUUUUGCACCUCAUCAAUUGUGCACUUGUGCGCCAUAAGUUUGGAUCGGUACUGGUCUGUCACAAAAGCGGUCAGCUACAACUUGAAGCGCACGCCAAAGCGCAUCAAAUCCAUGAUCGCGGUGGUUUGGCUCAUUUCUGCGGUCAUCUCCUUCCCUCCUCUCCUCAUGACCAAACACGGUGAGCGCGAGUGCCUCCUCAAUGAUGAGACCUGGUACAUCCUCUCCUCGUGCCUUGUGUCCUUCUUUGCCCCAGGGCUCAUCAUGAUUCUGGUUUACUGUAAAAUCUACAAAGUGGCAAAGCAGCGCUCCUCCACUGUGUUUGUGGCUAAAAACGGCCUGGAGAGACAACCUUCUCAGUCAGAGACAUGUUUCGUUACAAAUAAAGACCGUUUUGAAACUGAAAGUCCAAGCAGCCAAAGCUCUGGGAGUCAUCAGCAGAGACGUGGGGAAUUGGAUGACAUUGACCUGGAGGAGAGCUGCUCCCAGUCGGAUACUAAACCACGCAGCAACCGCUUCACUAAACGGAGAAAGGUGGAGGGCGCGAACUGCUGCCCUCCACAGAACUGCCGCCUGUCGUGGGCAUCAUCCCGGGCCGUACAGAUGCACCCGGAGCAACAGAAGAACCCCAGCGCGAGGCAGCAACUGGCGGCUGCAAACAAGACCAAAGUGGCCCAGAUGCGGGAGAAACGCUUCACCUUCGUCCUGGCUGUGGUCAUGGGGGUCUUUGUUUUGUGCUGGUUCCCUUUUUUCUUCACUUACAGCCUGCAUGCAAUCUGCAGAGACAGCUGCUACAUACCUGGCGCACUUUUCAACCUCUUCUUUUGGAUUGGCUACUGCAACAGCUCCGUGAACCCAAUCAUAUACACAAUUUUUAACAGGGAUUUUAGGAAAGCCUUCAAGAAAAUUAUCUGCAGAACUAAACGCACAUAAAUAAGUGAGAGCAAAAAUAGGUCACAACACAAGACAAGUCUGGAGCGCUUGUCACAUCAUAAUCCAGGGAGUGUGUAUCACAUCAGCUCAUCCUCCGUGACGUCCCCGUUCCU